AUGCGCUUGGCGGUCCUCGCACUCUGCUGCUCGCUCGUCGCCGGUGCCAGACAACGCAUUCUUCAGGAGGAGCUCAAUGCAACCGAUUGGGCCCACGAGGCGCCGCCCGAGACAACAAUCGAGGUCCGCGACAACCUCCCGGACGCACUCGACGCGAUCACCGACUCGCUCGACUUGACGCAAACCAACUGGUCCACCGACCAGUACUUUACCGGGUCGGUCCUCGUGCUUCCGGCUGGCGUCGAUAGCAUCGGUGUCGACGGCGUCGCGCGCACGCAGAUCUCGUACAACUACUCGAUGAGCCCAAGGGCGUGGAGCCUCGACGCCGACCCGAACGCGCUCUCAAUGGACGGAUGCGCCUACGUGGACGGUGGCAAAGCCAUGGACCUCCAUGUCGCCAACACGAGUGACGCGUCACCGUACGCGAUCGGCCAAGUGCUCAUCGCGUCUGCGGCGUGGCGCUGCAAGGACGAGAACGACACACUUAUGCACAUCGCGCAUCUGCUUGUCGCCGAGAUGAUCGUCAACGCGCGCGCCAAUAUCAUCCAUCUCUGGGCAGCUCGCGCCGGCAUGAACGAGACGUUUGCGACCACGUCGAUUCGGUUCAAGUCCAACGACGUCGGCGACAAGAUGGGGCAACCGACGCUGGCGUCGAACGGUCGGCGUCUCGAUGCGUAUCGUUUGUACGACUACAUUCCGUUGUCCUACUGCACGACGUCCUGCGGCGCCUACACUCUGGAGGAUAGUCAGUGCUACGCGCAUGCAUCCAACAGCUCCGUGAGUGUCAAUUGUCCCAGUACCCAGUACACGAUGUUUACGUACUCGGGUGGGAAGACCAAGGCGUGUGGCUACGUCUACAACUGCCUCCGUGGCCGAUCGUCGGCGAAUUUGACGUUCAACAUCGCGUCCAGCGGCAAUGGCUUUGCCAACCCCGACAUUGAACUCUACCGCUCGUCGGGGUGCGGCAGUGGCAACUACCUCACCGCGCUUCCAGGGUCGGGCUGCGUCCGCGUCGGUUGUGCCAACUGCGGUUUUUGGUUUGCGGUCAACGAAAUGGAAUUCACCUACACGUCGGAUUGGUACUUGUUUGUCAUCCCGUGGGUCACUGCGAGCACGGGCGUGUAUGCCGCAAGCUUCGCGAGCCUUGGCAUCUCGCUCUACGCUCCGGACGGCGUCUCUAAAACGUGGUCCAACCAGACGGUUGAGAUAGCGUGGCCUUACCCGCUCCAAUUUGUUGGUGUCCCUCUAACCGUCGCGCUCACCUUCUCGGUCGUCGAGGACUUUACAGCCGCGAUGCGGACGUCGGCGAACCCGUUUGUGAUCUCCAAGUCGGUCUCGAUGUCGAGUCUCACAGCAACAACGACGUUUGAUUCGGGACCUGCGUUGACAUGGCCGACGACGACGACUGAUAUAACCAAGGAGAUGACGACGCAAGUGCAGCAACCCAAGGCGGGUGAGUACGUCAUGUUUGACUUUCUCUACGAGAUGACGUUUACGCUCGACUUGACCGUGAGUUUCAGCCGGGCAGUGAGUUUUGGCGCCGCCGUUGACUUGACCCUCUUUCUGGAGCUGAACGUCAAGGGUGGCGUUCUACCGGCGCUCGCGACACCCUAUCUGGACAUGUCGACACCAUCUUGGCUUAUAUUUGGCAACUGCAUGGCUCCUCACCUUCUCGAAAUUGGCGUGUAUGCUGGCCUCCACAAGGUCGAUUUGGUUCUCCAUUACCAACUCAUAUGGGACUUUCCGCGGUUUGUAAAACCGUUCCCGUCCGUCUAUUUGAACCAGAGCCUCCUCAACUACUUCUACAACCCCCCGUACUUGAUGACGAUUGGGAUUGCGAUCGAUGUUUCCAAUGCACAAACUCUGGCGGUGAGCUCAACUUCCAAGGCCGCACUCUUGAGAAGCCUCGGCCCGGCACUCGGUCUCUUGGAUCUCUCUGCGUUUGUGCUUGCGGUUCAAAGCGUCAAUGCCACAACAGGCACGCCUGCUCUCGUGUUCGAGUUGCGUAUCGGGCUAUUGGGGCACUACGUGCCAGACGCCGUGCGCUCGACCAACCGCGUGCACGGCGGCCACUUGCAGCUCGAGUGGUGCUCUGACGACCUGCACGGCCUGCAACGCUGGCUACUGGGGUGUCACGUGCCAGAAUACGUGCUCUCGGCCGGCCACGUGCUUGGUGGCCACGUGCGACUCCAGUGGGACUUUGACGGCCUGUGUCGGCUGCAACGCUGGCUACUGGGGCAUGUUUUGCCAAAACACUUGCACGCCGGCUUCAUCUUGUACCAACGGCACAGCGCUUACGUGCAAUGCCAGCAAUGGCAACCUUCUCUCGUGUGA